AUGGAGUCACUAGGAUUUAAUAAUGCUGAUUAAGUACUUUACAACUUAGGCUAAGAAUACCUAGCAUCUGCUAAAAAGUUAGAAUCUUAAGGGAAAAUUGAAGCAGCCUAUAAAUUCUAUAGAGAAGCUGCAAACAAGUUUAUGUUCUUGAUAAAAAGUGAGAUUAGUCCCCUCAGAAGAGCAGAGCUUGAAGAACUAACAAAGAAGGCUAUUGAUCACGGUAUGUGGGUCAAAACACUUGUUGCAGACUAGAAAAGCAGUAUGAAGUCUGGAAAGACUAAGUCAACUGCUUAAAAUGUGUUAGGCUUAAGACUAGUUGGUUAAAAUUACAUGGAAGCAUUCAACUUCUACUGGGAUUUAGGUGAAUACUAUUUUUAGCUUGUUCAAAGAAAUAAAGGCAUUCUUCCUACUGCCAAAGCAUGCUAUGUCAUCGCAGCAGAAAACUUGAAUGCUAUUAAUCAAGUUAUCAAGGAUGAAGAACAGAAAGAUAAAAAUAAGAAGAAAAUAAUAGAAAUGAUCAAUUUCAUUGAAGGGAUAAAUGCUAAGAUAAAAUCUGACCCACAAUUCGAUGCUAAAUAGGUUGCUUUAUCUUAAUAUGAUCCUAAGGAAAAGACCAUAAUCGAGGCAGGAUCCUUGGUAAGAGGAGGUAGAUUUGAUAUCUGGGCACCUGAAAGAGGUAUUACAAAGUUUUAUAUCAAUGGAAGACCGGAUGUAGCUACUAAUAUUACGGGUUAUGAAAUAAUGCAGAGGAAAAUCGGUGAUUGCUCAGUUUUAUCAUCACUAGCAGUUGCAGCUCAUUAUGAACUAAAGAUGAAGUAUUAAAAGAGAUUAGUGUCAUGUUUAAUAUAUCCCUAAGAUAAAUUAGGUUAUCCAGUUUACAAUCCAUGUGGAAAGUACAUUGUCAAACUAUUUAUAAAUGGAAUAUGGAGAGCUGUUGAAGUAGAUGAUUAUCUGCCUAUUGAUUAAAAUAAUAACUUUAUAUGCGCAUAUUCAAAUAAAGGUAAACUUUGGGUAAGCUUGAUUGAAAAAGCUUAUCUAAAAGCUCAUGGUGGAUAUGAGUUUAUAGGAAGCAAUUCCUCUAGAGAUCUAUAUACUCUAACAGGAUGGCUACCCGAAAAGAUUGAUCUUAAAACUUACAAUAGAACAAAACUAUGGGAGAGGAUUAAGAGUGGUUACAGAAAUAAUGAUUGCCUGAUUACAAUUGGGACUGGCCUUAUUUAAGAUGAAGAUGCUGUAGGUCUAGUCAGUAAUCAUGCUUAUGGAGUCUUAGAAAUAUUUGAAUAUAGAAAUCAUAAGAUCCUUCUAGUAAAGAAUCCUUGGGGACAUUUUAGAUGGAAUGGCAAGUUUUCAACUGAAGACACUAUCAAUUGGACCUAGGAAUUAAAGCAAAUCUUUCAUUAUGAUGAUCUUAAGCAAUCAGAUAAUGGUAUAUUCUGGAUUGACAUUGACUCUGUUUGUGAGUAUUUUGAGUCAUUGGAUAUGAAUUGGAAUCCUGAUCUGCUAGUAUAUCGUAAGAGUUUCUUUGAUCUUUGGAAAUCAGCCGAAAUGACUCAUACCUAAACCUUUUCAAUAAAAGAAAACCCAUAGUACUGCGUCCGAUUUGUGGAAGACAAGGACAAUAAAUUUACUUAUGGAACAAUUAUCACGUGGGUAGUGAUCUCUAAAAUGCUCAUAACAUAAAAUGGAGAAAACGAGGAUGAAGAAAAAGCUAGUGAUUACAUAGCAAUGCAUGCCUAUCCAAACUUAAAUGGCUGUACUAAAAUAUUAGAAGAUAGAAAUGCAUUGGUAAAAUCAGUUUACACCAAUGAGCAGAACUAUAUGCUCUAUCUCGAGCUACCAGCUUCAGAGUAUUAUAACCAGCACAAGGUUAUUAACCUCGUCCUUGAUCAACAUUAGAGAAAUAAAGACUUAUUUUUCAAUAUCAGAGUAGUUUCAAACUGUUCAUUUGUAACCCAAAGAGCUGCCUUUUCAAACUUAAAGUAUAUACAAAAGUUCAAUUUGCCUAAUCAGCAAAGUGGUGGUAUACCUACUUCUCCCUACUUUUACUAAUCCCCUCAAUACUAUUUUAAUUUGGACAACUCUAAAGUUGCAAACUCUGGAUCAAUAGACAAGAUCGAAACUUUGAUUACAUACUAAUCUUCAUCUAACUCAGAUGUUAAAUUAUACUUGCUUUAUGCAGAGUCAAAAGAAAGAAUCUCAGCAAUUAAAGAGGAAAAGCUCGUAGAUCCUGCCUUGAAAACUUCCUAUUAUAAGCCAGCAAUUGCUCAUUUGCAUUAUCGCCUAAAUAAGGGAGAGUUUUAUAAUGUUAUAGUUUCGACAUUCAAGCCUGAGUAAUCUGUCGCAGGAACUCUAACUUUUGAAAGUGAUUAGCCUUUGUUAUUCAAAGAGCUUUUGCCUGAGGGAGUGGGAAUGAAAAAAAUCAUCAUAAAUGACUCAUGGGUUUCUUAAAAUGCUGGUGGCUGUGGAAACUUUGGAAUGUUUGACAAAAAUCCUGCAUAUUGUUUUAAUAUCACAGGCGAGUGUGAUAUUAAAAUAAGACUUAGAAUAGUAGAAGAGAUGGCUUCGGAUGGCUAUACUGUUAUAUCAGAUCACGACAAAUUCUCUUUUUGUGUAAAUGCCAUGGUGUACAGAAUCCAAGCUAACAGAUGGCCACCUGCAGCAGGUAGUAUUUAAAUAAAAAACUUGUAGAAUCCAACACUAAAUACAUACAACGGAAAGUACACCAAUAACUUGUCAGCAUGUGUCUCGCAAACUGCAAAAUUACCAUAAGGAAUAUACAUAGUAAUUCCUUCAACAUUCAACCCUUAAUAAAUUGGAAAAUUUGAGCUCACCAUAUAUUCACAACUUCCAAACAUAGAUUGGGCUAGAUAUCAAUGA